UUGGUAUCUAUAAAAUUUUCGGCUUAAUAUCUUUUAUAGCAUACUCAAUAACCUGACACUCUAGUCCACUGAUAACCCACUAAAAUACAACCAUGUCUUCUUAACAAAAAUCGAGACAAGCAACUGUCAAAGUGGUGCACAUAAGAAAAUCGUUAGGUACUCAUAAACAUUCCUUUAGUCUAUUUACAGAUCUUUUAUGUUUGCACUUUUUCGCAAUUAAUUUGUUCACUCGCUAAUGAAGUACUAGUGUGUGUCUUUUUUUUACACUUCCUGUGUUUUUUCUAAUGUUGCAAGAUGCAAAAUUCACAAACUAAUACAGGUAGGCAGGCCAGACAGCAACAGCAGCAGCCCUAUCAGCAGGGUCACUCGCAUCAUCAUCACCAUUAUACAGAAAACAACAAAUCACCAUCGUCUAUACCGCCCAAUUCGUUAGCGAUCUCCAAGUCAUAUGUGCCCGCACCAGCUUCCACGACCUCGGACGACACCGACUUUCAUGAAUCGGAUGCACGUUAUGAAUGUGCUAUUUGUAUACAUUGGCUUAAUGAACCCGUGAUUACCACUUGCGGUCAUCGCUUUUGCAAAUCUUGCAUAACGAAAUGGCUUGACAAUCAUAAUCAGUGUCCAUUAGACAAUACCGAGCUUUCUAUUGACCGUAUUUUUCCUGAUAAUUUCACUAGACGUGAAAUAGAUCAAAUCAAACACAAAUGCCCCAACUCGCCAUUGGGCUGUGCGGUAGUGGCAUCUCCCAUAGAAGUGGAUCGACAUCUGCCGACCUGUCCAUACAGAAGACUAGAGAACGCUGAAGAAAAGUGCCCAUUUGCCAGCAUAAAAUGCGAUUUUGUUGGGCGUCCUGAAACCAAUGCACUCGAAGAGCAUCUCAAAGAAGACAUGCCACACCAUAUGCAACUAAUGUUGCAAGCUUUCCAACAAACAGCCAUUUCCACUUGGAAUCCACAAAAACCAACAACUGCGAGUGGCGCGAAAGUAAAUGGUGUGCUACCACCGCCACCACCACAAUACGCAAACGAAGCAGACGAGCAACUCAUACAAACGAUGUACCAGCGCAUUGUGGUGCUGGAGCAACGCGUACGCGAGCAAGAUGUAAAAUUGGAAAAUCUUACAAAGCAAUUGGCUAGUCGUCAACAAAUUGACCCACGCUAUAGUAACGGCACAAUUGUAUGGGAAAUAACGAAUUUCCGCAACGUUGUGGAGCAAUUGCGUGCCGAUGCCAAUAAUCUGCUUUACUCACGAGAUUUUUACACCUCCCCGCAUGGCUAUCGGUUUUGUGCUCGUGUCAAUAUACAGCCUCGACACUUAAACUUACUUAGUUUACAUGUGCAUUUAAUGCAGUCAGAAAACGAUUACCACUUGGAUUGGCCAUUUAAUGGACGCAUCAAACUGUGCAUGAUACAUCCAACAGAUGCCAGUCUUUCCCAACAUGAUACAAUUAUGACAAAGCCCGAAGUGAUGGCCUUUCAUAAGCCUCGGGAGCACAUAAGUACGCGUGGAUUUGGUUUUGUCGAAUAUGCUAAGAUAGGGGAUGUCAUGCAUAAAGGCUUCUGUGACGAUGACAAGCUGGUAAUCAAAAUACAAAUUAAUAUAGUGUAAGCUUAGUGAGAGAAUAUUAUGGCAAAGCAACUGUGUACACUACAAAUUAUGAGCGAAGUUUAACGCGGAUCUGUAGAACGACUACACACUGAAUGUAUUAAAAAUAGGAUAAAUAGAAGUUUAUUAUUUGAAAGUUACUUUUUACAUUCCCCAGUCAACACACUAUUUUCAAAUAUUCAAUAUGGUAAACCACAAAUCAUUAUUUAUAUAAUAUUUUGAAAAAGGAUGUAAUAUUAAAAAAAAACUUUUGGAGCUUAAACGCAUUUAACAAGUAUACAACUCAUAUAUUACAUAUACGAGUAUAAAGUGAGAAUUUAACAAAAGCAAAUAUUAAAGUGAAGUGAGAUACAAUUAUUUGGCACUAUAUACUUAAAAAAGUAUGGCACGAUCGUAGUUAACCCACUAAUUUGUAUAAGCCAAAAAUUAUUUUGAAAAAAUAUACUAUGUAUGUAAUAUUAUAAUGUAUUUUAUGUAAGAAGUUCGUAAAUUUUUGUCUAUGGUGUUGUGUUAUUAAUUAUUAGGUAGUAUGUCUUUUUUAUAUUAUAUUUUAUACUAAUUUUUUGUUACAAUUAUUUAAUACAUCCAGAAAAUAUUUAUACAUACAUAAAAUACAUAGUUGUAACACAUUUUUAGACGGUAUGUUGCCCUUUUUGGGUUUUUGUACGGCAACUUAAAUCACUCCAAAUUAUAUACAAAAGCUAAAGUAGAAAUGCAAUACUGAACGUAUUUUAUGUACCAUAUUAUAAAAUAUACAUAUGAAUAAAUAUUAAAAUUAUAAAAAAAAAUA